AUGUGUGGAUCUAAAAGUGAUUGCCAUAGUAGGGAGGGGGGUAUUGGGAAAACAGCUCUAGCUCAACAAGUCUACAAUGAUGUGAGAGUCACAAAUUAUUUUGAGGUGAAAGCAUGGGUUUGUGUUUCCGAUGAGUUUGAUGUGCUUGCUAUUACAAAGAGAAUCCUAGAGGCAACCGACUUCCCUUUGUCUUGUGAUGGUAAGGACUUGAAUUGGCUUCAAGAUAAGCUCAAUGAAAACCUUUUUGGGAAGAAGUUUCUUGUCGUGUUAGAUGAUGUUUGGAAUAAAAAAUAUGGAAGCUGGACUAUCCUCUUGAAGCCUCUUCAAUGGGGAGCAAAGGGAAGCAAGAUCAUCAUCACGACUCGCAACCUUAACGUUGCUGCAUUAACCAAUGUGGUGAGAUCCUGCAACUACCGGGUCUCCAAUGAAGGCCAAAUGGCUGCCGAAAAUAGCCUACAAGCUCAUGGCUUGUGGCUGGUUCGGUUCUGGAUAAGCAGGCUGUGGUGCGAGAGGUGGCUGCUUGGAGCUAGGACAGCAGUUGAACACGGGGUGGUGCGGCUGCUGAUGUGGGGAGUGGUGGCUGGUGAAGUUGGCAUUGGGGUUGGCGGUGGAAAUUUUGGUGGUGGUGUGGCUGAGGCGAACCAGCUGGAGGUGGGACGAGCGUGA